AUGGCGGGACAUCGUCUCCAAGCUCAACCGUUGGUGUGUCUCGACCAAGAGACGCGUGUGUUCGAUCGUAGCCGUCUUGUACGCGUCCCAUCGUGGCUCUCACGUGAAGAGACGACAGAGUGUAGGCUCAUGUCAUGUAGGGCGGGUGAGCAGUCGAACUCAGAGGAUGGAAGCUCCAUAAAGUCGAUUUCAGCAUCGGAACUGGAGAGCAAGUCCAGAAGUAUCAUGAAGGUCCCGAGAAGUUCGUCGAUGCUGACGGUGGUGCCAUCGCCGGAGGUAUACAAAUCGGCCGUGUCGGUGCAGUUGCUUUGUGUGGUACUGGAAUCGUCUCUAUGUAUGCCCUCAGCCUUGAAGAUGUCUGUCGCGAGAUCUUGUAGGCAGACCGGAGCCAGCGCAUCGACCCGCCCCUCGAAUUUUGCCGCGCCGGUGGGUGCCUUCAGCUCCAGGUGGACGCUUGGAGACAAAGGUGGCUCCAGCGCAUGGCUGGUCAUCGAGAAGCCUGAGGAGCUGAGAACGGUUUCCAUGGCGAAGCUGAAGUGCGUGAGCUCUGAUGGAGAUGCCAGGAAGAAGUUUGGAUUCGGCUCGGGUUGA